AUGAGUGAGAGAGUAGAAGCUGUUGUGACGUCUAGCUCUGUUAUAAUUCAUCAGCAGCAACCAUCAUUUGUUCAUUAUGAUCAUAUUCAUGAAUCAAUGAGUAGUACUACAACUCCAAAAACAACCCAUCAUCAUGAUAUCACUAAUGGAGGAAUAUCUCCCACAAAGAGCCCCUUAAUAGCCACACUCAAUGUCAUGAUGACACCAAUUGCCAGCCCCAUGAAGAAAGCAAUUGAAAGCAUGCAAGGUUACUUGGAAGAAUUUGGUCAUUUUACUAAGCUUAACCCUCAAGAAGCUUGGCUUCCAAUUACAGAAUCAAGGAAUGGUAAUGCUUAUUAUGCAGCUUUUCACACGCUUAGUUCAGGUCUUGGAGUUCAAGCCCUUGUCCUCCCUUUUGCUUUUACUUCCCUUGGUUGGACAUGGGGAAUCCUGAGUCUAGCACUGGCGUUUUCGUGGCAAUUAUACACACUAUGGUUGUUGAUUCAACUCCAUGAAUCAGUACCCGGGAUGCGAUUUAGCCGCUACCUUUGGCUAUCAAUGGCUGCUUUUGGUAACAAGCUUGGGAAGGUAUUAGCUCUGUUCCCAACCAUGUAUCUAUCAGGAGGCACUUGUGUUGCGCUAAUAAUGAUUGGAGGUGGUACCAUGAAGAUGUUCUUCCAGAUUGUGUCUGAAAACACAACCAAUUUAAACCAUCUUAGCAUGACAGAAUGGUACCUCUUAUUCACAAUCUCAGCAAUAAUUCUGGCCCAACUUCCCAACCUAAAUUCCAUAGCAGGAGUAUCCCUCGUCGCCUCACUUACUGCUGUUUCCUAUUGUACCAUGAUUUGGGUUGUCUCCAUAGUUAAAGAUAGGCCUAGGGACAUUUCCUAUGACCCAUUAAGAACAUCUUUAAAGAAGGACUAUAAAUCUGAAAUUGGUCAAAUUUGCAGCAUCCUAAACGCCCUUGGUAUCAUUGCAUUUGCUUUCAGGGGUCACAAUUUAGUCCUUGAAAUUCAGGGCACAAUGCCUUCUAGUGCCAAGCAGCCUUCUAGAUCGCCAAUGUGGAAAGGAGCAAAAAUCUCCUACCUCAUAAUUGCUUUGUGUUUAUUUCCAUUAGCAAUUGGAGGCUACUGGGCUUAUGGAGUCCUGAUUCCUACCAAUGGAGGCAUAAUGAGUGCUUUAAACAAGUAUCACAGGAACGACACAUCAAAGGCGAUUUUGGGGGCGACGAGCCUCCUGAUCGUAUUCAACAGCCUCACAUCUUUUCAAAUCUACGCGAUGCCUGUGUUCGACAACUUCGAGUUCAGGUUCACCAGCAACCACAACAGGCCAUGCCCGAGAUGGCUAAGGGUUGUGCUUCGGAUCCUCUUCGGUUGCCUGGCAUUCUUCAUCGCGGUUGCGCUUCCGUUCCUGCCGAGUUUAGCUGGCUUGCUUGGUGGCAUUUCACUGCCAAUCACGUUCGCGUACCCUUGCAUAAUGUGGAACUUGAUCAGCAAACCUAAGAAGUAUAAGGCGAUGUGGUGUCUGAAUUGGUCACUUGGAGUCUUGGGGAUUGUUUUGAGCAUUCUUCAAGUCUUUGGUGCCAUAUGGACCAUUGUCACCAAGGGAAUCAAUGCAAAUUUCUUUAGGCCUCACUAA